CAGGUGGAAGGGGGCAGAAACACACCAAUAUGUCAGUCUGGAGACACCUCCCUCCCACUUCGGAUGGGGCGUUCAGAGUUGCACUCGGUACACCCUUUAACUUUUCAGGAACUCUCCCCAAAGUGUCCCGCGUCCUGCCAUGCGGGGACUGUAACGCUUUUCGGAUUGCUGCUGUGUUUUUGUCGCGCUGCUGAGACAUGGCUCCGUUUGGAAAAAACUUCCUGAAAGCUCGACAGAAAAACAGGACAAAAGAUGCCGAACUCGUGGAAGGAAAGGAGAUUCAGGUUACGGUCUGCAAAGAGGAGAAGGUUGUCUGUGGAGUAACCAAACACACAACAUGUGCAGAUAUGAUUCAGGCGUUACUGGAUGACCACAAGUCCAUCCCGGAGAGCAAGCGGCUCCUGCACGGGGAACCCAAAGACUUCUGUCUGGUUGAGCGGUGGAAGGGUUUUGAGAGAGCCUUGCCUCCUCUCACCAGAAUCCUGAGACUCUGGUAUGCCUGGGGUGACCAGAGACCCUUCAUCCAGUUCACGCUGGUCAAAAUAAGCGAUUUUGUGCCUCAGCCCGCCAAGAAAGCUGGAAAGUCCAAGGGCGCCAAGCCAAAGCGAUGGGAGCACGGUCAGUACACCCAGCCUCUGCCGGUGGAGAGGCAGAAGCGCAUGGUCAAGAAAGCUUUCCGGAAACUGGAAAAGAUUCACAAGGAGAGCAAGAGCUCCCCAGGUUCUGACGAGGUCGACCGGAUGGUACAGCUUAUACUCAACCAAGACCACACCAUCCGGGAGCAGAUCCAGCGUAUAAGGGAUUUGGAUUUGGACGUCGAGCACUUUGAGAUGCAGGUGCAGAAGGAAGCCGAGGGUUCACCGGCUCAGGCUUGUGGUCAGAGUUUGGACACGCACAGUGAGGAGCAGCUGCAGGAGUACCUGUACACGAGCGAUGGGGUCGAACAGCUUGAGCUGCAGAUUCAAAGGCACCAGGACCUCAUCCUCCAGCUCUCCCGGGACAUUGACGUCGAGCUAAGGAGGGCCGACUUCCCUCUGAGCCAAUGUGAGGACAGCGAACAGGAAGGAGCCACGGCUGCUUCCUGGAUCCCCUCGGACACCGACGAAUCGUUAUACAUAGCUGAACUGGAGAGGUUGCAGGAUGAAGUGAAACGCAGCCUCUUCGCCGGCGUUUCCCUUCACAACCAAGCUGCAGAAAUAGACAAGCAGCUGAAGUACUUUGACGCUACACUGGUCUCCAAGGAUCAGGAAUGCUGGCAGCUGGCUGCUCAGCUGAGCUCAAUGCAAAUUGGGGACGGAAGAAAGGAGGAGGAGUCUGGUCUCGUCCCUCUGAAAAGUGAGACUCAGUGCAGCGUCUCUCAGACAGUGAAACUCAAACACAGCCUGUCCCCUCUAGACAUAACAGACACAGACUCAGACACUGGGAUUAGCUCCACACACAGCCAGGACUCGCUGUCACCGUGUCUGGACUUCCCUCCCCCCCUCGACACAGACGUUUGAACAACCCAGUUGACCCUUCAGUUCUGUAUGACCUAACCCUAGUUUCUGCCUGAAGUGUUAUCAUUAUGGAACAGAGCAACUUCUUUUUAUCUGAAAGAUCCCUAUUUAGGAAACACGAAAAGUACCGCUUGAAAAAAUUAGAUCAGACAGAAAGUGACGAGCAACUUUGGUCAUUUUGAAUCAAAUGUGUAAAAAUGUUUGGUUUAAGAUUCUCAGAAUUAAUUUCUGGCUGAUUUUUUAUCAAGAUAUUGCAAAUAUUGUUUGUGUUUUUGGCUGCUGGUCAACAAAAUAAUGGACAGAAGAGGAGUAGGGCCAUAAUUCUUUUUGGGGAUCUGCUGAAAAGUGUUUUUGUUUUUUUUAUUCUUAGAAAAAAUCUCAAUUCUGUAAUCAGAGUCAGAACCCCCCAAAAAAAUCCUCUUGUGUAAAAACAAAACAAUAAUUGAUGAUUUUUUAAGCUUUAUUAUCAGCCGUAUUUAUUCACAAUGCUGCUUUCUUAUCAAACCAAUGCUUAGACCUCUGAUUCUGAUGCAUGCCAGGGGAACACUGGAGUGAUGUGCACCAGCUACAGUCCAUUACGGUUUGGGUUUCCAGACUUUUAAGUGUACAUUUUUUCACCAAAAAAGCAAAAACUACUUCUUAGGUAUCACCAUCCCUAAGGUUACUAAGCUUGGUUACAUUUUAACACUAAAUAAUGGUGAGUGUAUGCUUGUUUUUCUCCUGUUUUAAGCUAUUUAUGAAGCUGCACUUCUUUGUACACACGUAUAAGUCUAUUAACAAUGUUUUAUAUUAAAACAGAUAGUUGAUGUGGAUGUAGAAUAUGUGUGAGAAACGUAACAUUCCUCUUGACUACACUGUAAAUACCCUGCUGUAUCCACUGUAAAUGAUUGUAUUUUUAUGACACAGGCACACUUUGUAAAGACAAUUCGAUCAAAAUAACAGAAACAUAUUUUAUUUAUCAAAUAAUUGCAUUUUAGAGAUGAAAUAUUACUACGACUGUUUCAGCUCUGAAGCAAUCAUCUCUAUCUGUCACUCACCAAACACAUCGUAUUAAGGGCCAGUGUGACACAAACAACUGGACAAUAUCUGUGUAAUGCCAAAACACAAAGCAAUGAUAGAGUUAAAUGUACAGUUCAACUUUCAUAAUAAACUCUAAUACUGUAAAAGAGAAGUCACUCAGUUUAUUAUUGUCUUCUAGAAGACACAGGGUCCCAUGAUGUAAUUCUGUUUCACUCCAGUACUCUUUGGUGCAGCUGUCAAUCGUAUAAUUAAACACAGAUGUUAAUCCCAGGUCAAAUGUCCUUAACAUGGUCUUAAAAAUAUUCUCCUUAGUGAUUGCAAUGUUAUAUUAAAAAGGCCCUGUAAUGCUUU